AUGAGCGACGGACUCAGCUCAAGCUCUACAGCUCUAUCACAGGAUAACAAGGGAAAAGAUCUGGGCGUCGCUCUCCACGAUUUCACGGCUUAUUACGGAUCGCCGUUGGACACCGUCUCGGCCAGUUUACGUCCACUUGGAGACAAUACCAGCUCAGAAGGAGCUUUCAAGAAGAUCAAAGCCGAAAGUGUAACGUCAAGCGGUGUUUUCUCAUCAUCGCUGUCAGGAAUCCCUUCGACACCAGCACGGAGACGUCACCGUACUACUUUCACACAAGAACAGUUAGCUGAACUCGACUCUGCUUUCCAGAAAAGCCAUUAUCCCGACAUUUACGUCCGCGAGGAGUUGGCUCGAAUCACAAAGUUGAACGAGGCUAGGAUACAGGUUGGU